UUUGGCCAAUUUGGCAACACUGUAAGUGAUCACAAAUCAACUUGAAAAACUGAAAACGGGAGGUGUACGGAGGUUCACUCUGUGAUCUAUGGUGCCAGAGUGCCUUGUAAUUCGCACAGUUUUCGCUUUUAACUGUCUUUACGACUGUAUUUAUGUGACGCAAUGGCCACUACAGCUGCAGAAAGCAAAACUGAUUGUCAGACUGACAAAUCAGAAGAGGCAGCUGACGCAAAUGAGCAGGACAGCAGCCUGACUGUCAUGUCUCCUGUGAAGUCCACAGCAGUCUUGAAGUACCCAGCCACGGAACCGGCCAUGUGCUAUCUGCAGCUCAGCAGUAAUACAAAUCUGAAUAAGCCUCCAGCGAACUGGCUACGAAAUGAUAUCACUUGGCACGGACUUCGGGCAAAGUGGACCUACCCCCACAACAGCUCAACUAUUUUCUCAAGCUUUGAUAUGGCAAAUAGCUUCACAGAAUACAUUGGUGAAGUAGACGUCAUAUCAGAUUCGGAGAACAUAAAGAAAUUGUUAAAGAUGCCCUACAGCAAUGCCCACAUUAGCAUGAUGGUGCACCGCGUGGGAAAGACUCUCUUGCUGGAUGAGUUUGACGUUCACAAGCAUUUGCUUCGUGAAUCGCAGAAUCAGUGGGAAUGGCUGAGAAAAUUUUUCUAUGAUACUGUCCUUGCAUCACUCCAGGCAAAGGCUAAGGUAGCACUUCGGAAGAAUAAGCGCCGAGAUAUCCUGCAAAAUAAAAACAUGUUCUCAAAGUUUUUACACUACAGUGUGGAGAAUGACUCAAACAGUGUGCAAAAAUUGAGUACUUGUCCAGACAUGGCAAAAGCAGGUGGUUCUAGUGGGGAGGCAAGGCAGUCUGUCAUGGUCCAUGAAAGUGAAAAUGCUGUUGAGAACCGUGUUCCAGAAGCUGGACAUGACUUUCUGAGGAACUUGCUGUGGACCUUUGAAGACAUACGCAUGCUCAUAGGCUCCAACAUGCCAAUCUUUGGUGGUGGUACAAGACCCGCUGUAAGCUUGAAGUUGAGAGACAUGCAAAAGCCUAUCAACAUCCUUACUGGUUUAGAUUAUUGGUUGGACAAUUUAAUGUGCAACGUACCUGAGGUUGUCAUGUGUUAUCAUCUGAACGGUAUUGUACAGAAAUACGAACUCAUCAAGACAGAGGAGAUUCCUCAUCUGAAGAAUUCUCACUUCUCUCCAAAAGUAGUCAAGGACGUUGCUCAAAACGUCUUGUCUUUUCUGAAGUCAAAUGCUGCAAAAAGUGGUCACACAUAUUGGCUGUUUAAAGGGAAGAAUGAUGAUGUGGUGAAGUUGUACGACUUGACAGUUUUGUGCUCGGAUCUUAUGGACGAUAAGCAGCAGAAUCCUUUCACACUGCCUGUCGCUAUCUUGCUCUUCCGCGUGGCAGCCAACAUGAAGGAGAGCCCUGACUGCAAGCGCAAGCAGGGUACUAUUUAUCGUCUGUUGAAGAAUGCUUUGCAGCUGUUGGAUUCAAGCAAGCACUUGCAGAUUGUAUCGUCUGUCCACUCCCUGCUGUCAGACCUGUUCGUGCCAAGCGACUUGGAUCCAGCAAAGGUACAGACGGCCAGCCCAGAAGAGAGUGAACAGAGUGACGACAGUAGCUGGCGAGACUCUGAAGAAGAUUCUGAUACCCCUGAGGACACUGCAAAAUGUACAGAAAGUCCAUCCGUUUCAGUUGAUGCGCUGUGUGUUCCAGAUAGGUAUCGCAAUGAAGGUCUGAGUGAUGCCGAGAAAUCUGUGUUCCCCUUUCGCUCAAACUGGAGUGAGCGGUGUCGGCUUGCCAUGAAUCACGUUCUUGAGGGCUUAACAUUUGUGCUGUCUGAGAGCCCGACUAACGCACAGUCAUCUGAGUCAUCACCACCCACAAAAGCAGAAGCUGAGGCUGCAAGGUUUGAGGAGGAGAACCUCAACAUGGCUAAACCAUAUGAACCGAUCCCACUCAAGUACUCCCCCUUGACUUCGGACGCUCCUGUUCAAAUUGAAGAAGAGAGCAUUCCAGAAGAGAAGAAAUUAGACGAGGCAUGGAAGGUGGAGGUCUCCAAGUCAUUUACUAACCUCAGAGAUCCAUCUUGGAAGCACCACUGUUUGCAGUUUCUCCUGCAAAAAGCAGUGCGAAUUUACUGUGCCAUGGCAGAGUUGUCCUGUGGGGAGAAGAGAUAUGGUCGUGCUCUCAAGUGUAUUCAGUAUGGGCUACAGUGUCAUGAACAACUGCGGUACCUGGUCGUCAAGGACGGCAAGCAGUGCUGUCUGGAAUCUCUAGUCUACCUGCUGGGCCUGGCAGGUGAUGUGUACCUAAUGUUGGUGCACGGUGAAAAAGGUUUUACAAAGGAGGAGCAUUUAGAAGACUCUGAGUCUGUCAGCAGUGAAGAUGAGAGGAUAUUAUUGCUUUUAGAAAAGAUAUCCAGCCACAAGAUAAAUAUAAGAUACUGCCUUGCUGGUGAAUUUCCGCAAGACCUGGAGAGAACACUGGUUCUUAGUGCACGAUGCUACGCUAGUGCAUUGAAGAUACUUCCUAACCAAAAGCGCGACGUCUUUGAGCGUCUUACACGGCGGCUCGGAAACAUUUCCAAUGAGCUUGGUGUGUUCUACAUGAACCAGGCUGCUAGGAUCUUCAAUGAGCUUGAAUACUCAAAUGAGCAGGUGGAGCACCUUUGGGCAAAGAGUCAGGAAUGCCUUGAGAGAGGCGUGGAGGCUUUUGAGAUGCUCAAUGACAUCCCAAACAUUGCCUUACUUAGCUCAAAUAAUGGACGCCUCAUGCGUUUGCGAGCUCACGCAGCUGCCACCGUGGAGAAGGGCGUUACACGAACGGAGUUCACCGCACAAGAAAGGAUGUUUUACAAUAAGGCAAUCAAGUACUACAGCAAGGCCGCAAGAAUUCUGCACAGUCGCAAGCUCUACCCUGACAUUUGGGACUCUCUUCACUGGGAAUUGUCCUCCACUUUAUUCACUAUGGCAACCCUCCUGCAGGAUUUUGCACCGCUGUCUAGUUACGCCCAAGAAGAAGUUGAAAAAGAGGCCGUAGAGCUUAUGAUGAAAACAUUGGGACUCUGCAGUACAGAAUGUUCUCCUGCCCGGCAGCCACUGUACCAGUACCGCGCGGCCACAAUUUACUACCGUUUAGCAUCGCUGCAUCAUAACGCUUAUCGAAAUCAGACCAGUGAGGAUAGCCGGAAAAAGCAUCUUAAAUCUUUAGCUGAACACUAUUAUGACAAGGCGCAGGUUCUUUUUGAGACAAUGGAAAACGUUACAGAAUUUGUUCGUGUCCUCCUGGAACAUGCUGGUAUGCUUGAGUUCCAGAUGGCAGGACUACAGGGCUUCAAUUCAAAGUUGAACAAAUUGUAUUCGGUACUAAAAUUGUUCCUCACAUCUCAAAAAUUGAUGACCCACCUGAACGAGAAACCUGCGACCAGUCCGUCGGAAUCACCGGAGCACGAAGACACACCUGAGGAUGCAGAAGACCGAAACGCCAUUUUGCUUUUGUUCGAGAAACGGAUACAGGCAACCCUAAGGAGCAUCAUUAAACUAUAUCACACUCCGGGAAAACACAGAAAUGAAGCUGUCAUGAACAUGUGGAAGCAAAUCUACUCCGAAUCACUUCAGCGGAACAGCGACGUGCCCGUAGAGAUUUUCUUAAGCACCUUGCUCUCCCGCAUAAAAGAUGCUCUAGAACCUGGACCGUAGAAGUUUUGGUCGAGUCACCUUUCUGUACCGACGAUUUAAAGAUCAGAUACUAUCGGCGUUGUACCGCGAGAAAAGUUUUAGCGUUUGGUGCGAAAUGUUCCCAUUGAAACGUGUGCCUUCUGCUCGGUAGUGGUCUGCGUCGUAUGACAGGGCCGGCAUUGCCGUUGCCAUGGCCACCUGCUUGAAUCCGCUACACAGCAUGGAAGGAGUAAAGUGCUAAUUUGUUCUAAUGAGGGUCCAAGAUACCGGGACAGGAAUGUGAUUGGCGGAGGCGUUUUUGUCUUUCUGGCGCACUGGCAUUUUGAUGUUUUUCUCGCUGCAGUCCAUUGAAUGUGUCAGUUUGCAGUCCUGACGUGUUUGAUUUUUAGACUUUUGUUGUAGUAAUUUCUGAACUGCUACUUUACAAACUGGUUUUAGCUGCAGGCAAUAUGGGGGAAACAUAUCAGUCAUGCAUAAAUGCUAUCUGUGUAUAACAGGUGUACGUCGAUGGAAAGAGGUCUCAGAUUGGGAGGCGCUAAUAUAUUUCAAACAUGAAACCGUAAUUCUACACUUUUACAAUGUAACAGGUCUUUGCUAUUCUUUUUUCUCCCUUUCUCUCUUUUUAUGUGCAGAUAAACAGCAUAAUUUUUUAUAUUUUUAUUCCUUAUUACAUUGGUACUUGAUGAUAUGGCUGCUACAGUGGCUGAUUUUUCUGUUAGGUGUCUGAAGGCAUAGGGGUGUUUUUUGGGGGCCAUGCAGUGCAGUAAGAGACUGCAAUCAGAAAACGAGGUGGUUUAGUUUUAGAUUCUCGAAGUAUUUUUCUUUUGUUACAGCUUUUUUAUUGUUUUUUAUGCUUAUUAGAAUACUAUACAAAUGCAUUAUACUAUGCUACACGAAUGCCAACAAAAUGAAUUAUGCAGAAUAGCAAUCGGCCUGUAGUGAGACCCUGCAAAACAGUUGGUAGACCGAAGUCAUGUAGGUUUGUGAAAGAAGAGAGAUUUCAGCUCGUCGUUCUCAGGAACAUAUUUGUCGCUAUGCCACACAUAGGGUUCCAUAUGUUUAUUAUAGAUUGAAUUCUGCUGAAUUGUACCAAAUUCGAAUGUGUUUCUUUUUGUUUUUUUAUAAGAAAAAAACAAAAAAACACAUUCAAAUUGGAAAUAUAUGGAAGAAAAAAUUGUUAGCUCUUAUUUUUCUGCAAGUACAGAAGGGUGAUGCAGAGUAAAAUUGUCUUUCAUAGCUUGUUAUAGAGAAAUUGUGCUUGCCUAAAUUUCCAUUGCAAACAGCUAAAUGCUUGGGCCAAUGUAUCAUGUAAACCAUCAAAAAAAUGCUCCACCGCCCUCCACCCACCCCUGAGCAUUUGCACAAGGCCUCCGUAGGCACAUUGUAAAGGAAAGGCAGGUUGUAGCAUGUCACCACCAAAUUGUUCUUUUAUGGUAUGUGAGCAAUGUACGGUAUGAGCAAAGUUCUGUAAGUGAAGUGUGUCAGUGCCCCUGGAGGAUGAUUUACCAUUACAAUCCAUGUACAAUUUAUUUAAUUUAUUUAGAGAAAAGGAUUGCACAGUCUUUCCUUUUCCAAGCUCCUUGUGAUCCAUGGUCAGUGUGACUUCUGUUUUACACAUGCAUAUUUUGCAUUGUCAUUAGCACAUACAGUUGGUGUUUUCAGUUGAAACAGAAAGCAAGAAAAGUUCCGUGGAGCAUGUUUAUCAGCUUUUUUCUGUUUAAGCUGCUGCUGGCUAUUUAAACUGAAAAUAACCUACCUACAUGUCGACAAAACAGUUGCUCUGAUACUUCUUUUGUACUAAGAGCACUUCAGUUUCUAAGUGCUUGCAACUCAGCAACAUUGUGUGUGGUUUGCCAUACGUGCACAAGCUAUCAUUUAUUUUGUAUUGCUUAUGCAAGACUUGACAAUUUUAUUGAUAAGUAUCAAGCAUUUCAGGUCAGUUACAAUAUUUUGUGGUGGUGUCUUACCUUUUCUUGCUACACAAAUGGUGUCAAGGAAAACACUGACGAUUUUGUACUAAUGUUUUUUUUGUUUUUUUUCCUUAGGGUGGUACAUUCAAGGUAUACAUGUUUCCAUUCUAUGGGAGAAACACAAAAUUACUUCCUACUGGGCUCAAACUUAGUUACCCAGUAGCCAUUUCCAUAGUCCUUUUUCUUUUCUUCCAGGCACUAUUGCUUGGCUGUCGAAAUAUCACCUCAUGCCUUUACACAGCCUAUCCAUGUCAAGAGUCAUUGCUCAGACACAGGUGAGAUAAGACAAAAUUUCUGACAGGUGUUUUGUGUUACAUGUAUUUAGAACCAUGUGCUUUAGGGCGAAACCUAGUAAAACCUAUUUUUGCCCCUGGAUUUGCAUCAUCGUCAUUUAGGGUAAAACCCGAAAAACCCUGAAAGCAUAGUGUACUUGCAAAAGUGUAAACGUAUCUUUUGUGCACAUAAAUGUGUAAUUUUUAAAAAAUUCUCCACCUGCUCUUCUACCUGGUAUUGCCAGAUUUACCCCUCCUUAUAACUCCUGAAAUAAAACCCAUUUUUUACCCACUGAUUUUCAAAAACCAUACCCCUCCCCCCCCCCCCC